CUCUUUUCUUUCAUCCAUUCUCACUCAUUCAUUCUUUCCUUUCGCACUCUAUCUGUUGAUCAUGAAGUACGCAACUCUUCUCGCCGCUGCCGCGGCUGUCUUCGCUAACAGCGUCAACGCUGGUGUCGUUGGUGCUGCUCAAGGAUUCGCCAAGGGCGUUACUGGUGGUGGCAACGCCCCUGAGGUCUACCCCAGGACCAACGAAGAGCUGGUCUCUUACUUGGGUGACAACGUGCCCCGUGUCAUUGUCCUUGACAGAACCUUCGACUUCACCGGAACUGAGGGCACCGAGACCACCAGCGGCUGCUCUCCUUGGGGUACUGGCGCCAACUGCCAGAUUGCCAUCAACAAGGACAACUGGUGCCAUAACUACGAGCCCAACGCUCCCAAGGUCAACUCCAUCACCUAUGACAAGGCUGGUGUUCUCGGUAUCACCGUCAACUCCAACAAGAGUAUCGUCGGAAAGGGCUCUGCCGGUGCCAUCAAAGGAAAGGGUAUCCGCAUGGUCAGCGGUACCAGGAACGUUAUCAUCCAGAACAUUGCCAUCACUGAUAUCAACCCCCGCUACGUUUGGGGUGGUGAUGCUAUCACCCUCAACGACGCCGACUUGGUUUGGAUUGAUCACGUUACUACUGCCCGUAUUGCUCGCCAGCACAUUGUCCUCGGAACUUUGGCCGACAACCGCGUCACCAUCUCUUACUCCCUGUUCGACGGUCGCUCCGAAUGGUCCGCUACCUGCAACGGCCACCACUACUGGGGCAUCUACCUUGAUGGUUCCAACGAUAUGGUCACUAUGAUGGGCAACUACUUCUACAACCUGAGUGGACGUGGUCCCAAGGUUCAGAGCAACACUCUUCUUCACGCUGUCAACAACCUCUUCCACAACAUCGAAGGUCACUCUUUUGAGAUCGGCCAGGGCGGCUACGUCCUUGCCGAGGGUAACGUCUUCCAGAACGUCGGCGCCCCCGUCGAGACCCCCUACCAGGGCGCCCUCUUCAGCUCCCCCGACGCCAACACCAACAGACAGUGCCAGGCCUUCCUUGGCCGUUCUUGCCAGCUCAACGCUUUCGGCAACUCCGGCCCCAUGAACAGCGCCGACGGUGGCAUCCUCGACAAGUUCAGGGGCAAGAACGUCGCCCCCGCCAGACCUCCCACCAACAUCGCCGCCUGGACCAUGGCCAACACCGGUGUUGGCCACGUUUAAAGCGGGAUUAUUCCCUCCAUCCUUGCUUUAGAGUUGCCAAUGCUUCUUCAGCAGAUAAGCC